UUAAGAACUGUCAGUUAACAAUUACUAAGUUUAACGGGACAUACCAAGAUUGGACAAGAUUUUGGAAUCAGUUCAGUGAGACAAUCGAUAAAAGCGGAAUUCCAAGCGUUACAAAACUCGCUUACUUGCGCGAAUUACUCGACACAAACGUAAGAAAGACGGUCGAAGCUCUACCGUUCACUGGUGAGGGAUAUGUCAGAGCCAAAACUAUACUAGAAGAGAAAUAUGGGGAAAAAUGCGAAAUUAUAAAGGCAUAUACGAAGCAAAUUCUCGAACUUCCGGUCAUACCAAAUGUAAACAUUAAGAAAAUUCACGAGUUUUAUGACACUUUGAUGCAUGCCGUGCAGUCUUUGGAAACUAUGGGAUGUUUGCAGCAAGUUAAUGGAAAUGUGGCUUUAACACUCGAAAAAUUACCGGGAAUUCGUAGUGAUCUUGCAAGAACCGACCCGGAUUGGGAGAGUUGGGAUUUUGUCAAAUUUGUCGAAGCCCUACAUCUUUGGACGCGAAGAAAUCCAAUCGAACAGUCGAAUGAAACCAGAUCCCGGGAUCGUGAGUACCGUCGGCCACCUCCCCCUGGAAAAUUGUAUCACGCACGUGACCAAGUCCAACAAAGGGGGUGCGUGUACUGCAAAGAAAAAAUCAUAAAUCAA